GCGGAAGAAACAAAAGAAAAGAGCAGCUCGCCGGCAUGGCGAUGCGGCGACCUCAGGCCUCUGGAAGCUUCUUUCAAGUUGCAGCCUCCCCCUGCAUAGCGCUCCUUUAAAAACCCCUCCUGAACCCUAGCCGCCACCCUAAACCAACAACUCUCCCGCCCGCGCCGCAUCCUCUUGAUUCACGGCCCCGAUGGCCCUGCAGCGCGCCGCCUGCCUCGCCCUCCGGCGCCUCGCCACGGCGGCGGCCUCUCACCGCCCGGCGCUCCCCCACGCCGGAGCUGCCGCUCUCCGGCCAACGGCGGCGGCGGUCUCCAAGGCCAGCUUUUUUCUGCAGCCCACGACGGCGGCGGUGGUGUCGCUGUACGCGCGGCGCGGGUACGCGGCCCGCAGCGGCGCCGGCCGGAAGGCGAGGGCGGUGAGCGAGGACGAGGAAGACGAGGAGGAGGAGUUCGAGGCCAUGGGCAGCGACGAGGAGCUCGAUGGCGACUUCGACGACGACGAUAUCGAGGAAUUCGAUGACGACGACGAUGAAGACGACGACGACGACGACGCCGUGCCGAAGCGCGGGAGGCGCGGCUAAUUAAGAGCUCCGGCUCGCUUGCUGUGUUGUUUGGUUUCUUUCUUGAGAUAGAGCAAGAAGAAAAAGGAAAGAAAGAAUAAACGGAUCAAUCUGCCUUGUGCUAAUACAUUUGUUGUAAUCUUCCUUCUUGAUUGGGCUAAAAAAUUGGAAGCUCUGUGACAUUGGAAACUUGCGUUGCAUCAAAGAACACGGUCUCAAAUCUUGAA